CAUCGUUUCCUGGACAACGACUAUACUGACUGACCUUGAUCUGGUUACCAGCGAAAUUUCCGUUUAACCUCGAGUCGACCCGUAUUCCCUCUAAUCGGCGGUGCCAGUUCACUUGAACGUUUGAAGUUUUUUUCUCUUCGCCAUCAACAAGUCCCUCGUUUUCCUUCAUAUUCUACUCGUCUAAUACUUCUGCCAAUCUUCGGCUGGUCCGCUCCAACAUAUCUUUCGUUAAUUUCGACAUGGCUGCAGUCAAUAUGCAAAUGAUGCAAGCCAAUAUGCCUCUUGAUUUUCUUCCCCUCCACUCCCAUACGCGGUCCGACUCGGUCUCUUCGUCUUCCACCCAUUCGUCUUCUUCUCGGCCACAGUCUGCGCAUGGUGUCAAUAGAAUGGGAAUGGGUCUUUCCCCAGAGGAGAUCUACCGUGCUAGUUAUCACCUCGGUCAGCAUAAUAACCUUCUUCACGCUGAGCCUUCGCCACCAAAUCACAAUAUCACAAAUCCCGCUCUCAAAAACACCCUUCGUCCUAGCCAUCUUCGAGCACGAGUGCAGGCUUCUCCUUAUCCUCGAGAUACAGACAGCGUCCAUUCUUCGUCGAGCGAAACUGAGGACAUGGCCAUGUUUCUCGGCUCAGCCCCUGAAUAUCAUAACAUGAACAUGUAUGGAGGCGCACCACCUCAGACGAUGGCUCCCAGUCCAGAGGCGAAUCAUGCUGCUGGAGCUUUUGGUCGUAUGACUCUCAGCAAUGACCAGACCCUGGAAAAAUUGGCUGCCAACGUCCGUGCCGCCACAACCACCAGCGCUUCAGAUAGGGCUAAGCAGAUUUUUGUUCAAGCAUGGCUUACUGCCAACUAUGCACCAUAUCCCGACGGAAAUGUUCCUCGACAAGGACUUUAUUUUUCUUACCGUCGAGUCUGCGACCAGUACGGAAUUCCUCACAUAAACACGGCCACAUUAGGGAAAGCCAUCCGAUUAUGUUUUCCUACUAUCAAAACUCGCCGACUUGGGGUUAGAGGAAACAGCAAAUAUCAUUAUUGUGGUAUACGUCCUGCCACUUCGGCGGAGGCUGAAUGGCUUCAAGAUUAUAUACAUAAAUCUAACAAUCAUGCGGGACAGCCUUCGAUAAACGCCGCCCGCCAAGCUCAAGACCAAUCAGAGACUUCUCAUCGGAGUGAGGAGCGGUCGGAUGAGGAUGAGGAUGAUGCAGACUCCGAAGGCCUUCCUUCUGCUGGUGUAUCCAAAAGGAAUUCCCUUACGCUCUCAGGCGAAGCUAAACAGCCUGUUUUUUCUCAGGAUUCCAGUGACAAAACGCCUACAGCGGCAACUCUACUCUCCCAAGCCCAGUCUGCUCAUCGUCCUCCUGGUAGUUUCCCACCCCAAGCACCCAUUCGUCGCCAUCCCCAAGCAGACUCCAGCCUUACGGUAUCCCAAAGUUCUCCUUCCAGCUCUGUCCCUUAUCUUGCAUCAUCGCAGCCUGUGUCUGUUCGUCAAUUCCCUCAUUUCCCAUCCAUUGAGGAGGCUGUGGGCUCUAACUCCACGUCCCAACACAGUAUCGCGGCAAGGGAAGUGUGGGGAUGGUUUCAAGACCAUCUUGAUCUCUUGCUGGAAAACGUUAGAUUGUUCCGUUUUGAUCAAUUUGAGAUCAAUCUCAGAACGUUUUGGUCCAGCUUGGGCGGUAAUCAUCGGGAAAUUGUUCAUGCUCCUGCUAUUGCUGGCCUUAUGGCCAAAGCUGAUGCAAUUGUAUAUGAUGAAAUUUUAGAAAUUCUCCGCUCGCAGAUGCUCACACCCAUACCUCCGGGAUCAUUAGCCAAUCUUCGACAGUUUGCUAACAAGAUGGAAAAAAUUCUCCUCAUGGCGCUGAAUGAUUACGGCAAUACUUUUGUAGAACCCAAAGUCGAGCUAGGAGCGAGAUUUGGACACCUUGUCUUGCGCUUCCUGGACAUUUAUCAAGUCACCCAAGCAUUAAGUACAGUUCUCACGAACCAAAAACAGCUCUCCGAGAUGCGACGUUCCUGGCAAAAAGUGGAUUUCGAGUCUGUUCGCAAUCAAUCCGCCCUGGUUUGCAAUUGCCGUCAUGAAGAUCUAGUGCAACUGCUGGAAGUUGAAUUUGUGAGUUUAAUGGACAGUCUUCCCAAAAGCAGUGAGCCGGUGCGAGAAGUCAUGAGUUGGGCUGACAAAUGCUGCGAGAGGUUGAUGGGUAAUGGUCGUAUGGGUCACGGUGAAGAGAGGAGUACUAUGAGCUCGCGGAGCGUCCUCAUCCGCUGGGGUUAUGUGACGAGUCAGGUUAUGAGAGAUUUGACAAUUCGAAGUGAUCCUGCUUUCGGUGCCUUUCAAAUAUUAAAAUUGUUCUUGGACGAUUGGAUCGCAGUGAAUGUACUUCGGAGUGUAGCCCUCUCCACAAAUUCAGUUGCUGCAUCGGUUGAGCCGGUGAUGCAACAGCAGUUUUUUUCAUUGUCACCAAUGGCGGGGCAGGAAAACUUCAAUGCAAUGGACGUAAGGCCGCAACAUCUUAUGGCUAAUACCCCAACAACGUCAAGCAUGCUCGCUGCCCUCCAAAAUGAUCCUUUCCCGGCAGGCUCCUUAGAUCCAUCUGCGUCGUCGUUUAACUCGGAUGCUUAUGGAUCUCUUUCUUAUAUGGAUACUUCUUCGUCUCAGGAUAAUCCUAUCCCAAACGUCCAAUCCGAUCUCUCUUUCCCUGAUUUCUCAAACUCAGGAAACGCUUUCGAUGUCCCGAGUGCAUUCUCUCAGGAUAUGGGAUUGGCGGCGUCUGUAACACCUGGCAGCGAACCAGACCAUACUAGUGAUUCGGAGGGGGUGAAAUCGGAGUAGAUGAAAAGACUUGGGUUGAGGAAAUGUAGGAGGUCAAGUAUUCUUUUGAACUUUUUUUUUCAUCUCGUGUCUAUGCUUUGGGUCGUUGUGAUUUAUUAUUACCUUAAUACAUCUCUUAACUUCUUGUCUUAUAUGUUUUUCGCGAAACGGUAUACCUUCUUACCCAAUCUGACACCUCUGUUCACCAUGUAUUACAUAUCUCUUGUCCAACAACCAUACCUUGUCGUUCUACGCUCGUUAAUCCUGUAGUUUGGGAACCUGUUAUCUAGAUCUAUAUACUCAUCACAAAAAAUGUCACCCCCUUUCUAGUAAGUAGCGACUUUGGACCAAGCCAUCUAUACACGAAUGUAGCGACGAUGGAUGUACUUAAACUAUAACCAGGCAUUAGGCA